AGUAGCUUCUGAUUGCUCAAAGAAUCAACAAAAAAUAAAACUGAAAAAAUGUUCAAGCUUAUCUGCAUCUUUGCUCUUAUGGCAGCAGUUUCAGCAGGAGCUGUACAUCCUGCUCCAUUGGUAGCGGCUGCACCUGCACUGCCUGCACCAAUAGUUACUGCUCGUAGUAGUCAAGUAAUAGCUAGGAAAUAUAAUACACUUGCGGCUGCUCCUUUGGCUUAUGCCGCUGCACCGGCUAUCGCUGCACCAGCUCCAAUUGGGUAUGCAGCCCCAGCUGCUAUCGCUGCACCAGCUCCAAUUGGAUAUGCAGCCCCAGCGGCUAUCGCUGCACCAGCUCCACUUGCGUACACAGCGCCGGCUCAUCCACUAGCGUACACGGCACCAGCUGUUAUUCCUCAUCAUACAGUGGCUUAUAGUGCGCCUGCAUAUGCAGCUGCACCACUAUUAUUCAGAAAAUAAUGAUAUUGUCACAGAAGUUUUUAAAUUUUAAUUACUCAUGUAUAUUUUUUCUAUUAAUAAAAUUUUUAUUAAGCAUU